AAAUUUUAUUUGUCCACCUGUAUGAAACUACGCAAGACUUCCCAGCUCCCACUAUUUGGAUUUAUUGAACUGGCUGUUUAUUGUGGCGAUCAGCAGGAUCCUCAGCUGUUCCGCAGGAGUUCUACUCAACUGAGCCGUUGUUAGAAUCAAUAAUAAACACUGAUCGGUCGUUUUCGGGCUCCGCUGACCCACAUUGGUGCUGCUAAUCCAGUAAAGAAAGUGGUGACAUGAACAGCCCCCAUUUGAGGAAAGGCUCAAGACAGCCCCAGCCUGCACCUAAGGGCAAACUGCGGCUGUACAGCAACAGAUUCUGCCCUUAUUCGCAGCGAGUGAUGCUGGUGUUGGAUUCGAAAAAAAUUGCAUACGAUGUAGUCAAUAUAAACCUGCACAGUAAGCCAGACUGGUACUACGAGAAGAGCCCUUAUGGAAAAGUGCCAGCAAUUGAGCUGGAAAGCGGCGACGUUUUGUAUGAAAGUCUCAUCAUUGCUGAUUACUUGGACGAAAAAUAUCGCUCCAACCACUUGCAAAGCGUCGACCCUUUGCAGAAAGCCAAAGAUCGGCUGCUGAUUGAGGAUUUCAACAGAAUGGUCCAUACCAUGACCAACUUCCUAAGCUCGAUUGGUCGCUUCAGUCUCGAAGACGACGAAGUGAUUGUGAACGGUUUGACCACAUUUGAGCGCGAGCUCUUCCAUAGGGGCACCCCAUUCUUUGGAGGCUCCAAACCUGGCAUGCUGGACCUGAUGAUCUGGCCCUGGUGCGAAAGGGCCGAAAUCCUCAAGCUGUUCGGUAACGCUAAUCUUCUGAAGAAAGACAAAUACAGGCGACUGCUGGAAUGGUGUCGAAGAAUGAGCGAAGAACCGAGCGUGAAGAAGAGCUUCAUGGAGUCGGAUAUUCACAUCAAAUAUCUGCAGUCGUACAGGGCGGGCAGGCCUGACUAUGACAUGAUUCUUGACUCCAGCGAGUAGGAGAGAAGAAUAUGUGGGAACUGUGCACAAAGCUAUAUAGAGUGUACUCACA